UUCUCAAGGAAACCGUGCGUUAGGACAAGACGAGAAAAUAUCAACAUUUUAUAUAGUGAUAUAAAGAUUAAAUUAUAAAAUAAUUUAUAACACAUCUUAUUUUACUGUGAACUACCAAUAGAUAUGUAUGAUAUACUUUACUUCUUGUGAAUUGUUGAAAGUGAUAUCGUCAGUCAAAGUGCAACGCAGCACUUGUAUAUGCUGAAAUAAUGAUGGAAUUAAACGCGAACACCUACGAUGUCGAUCUAGAGGAUGGAGAGCUAUCUGCUAGUUCGGAUGACGUUUACACACCAUUGCAACGCCCAAGUACGCUGUCAAUCAACACGACGGUCGCAGUUGAUGGGGCGACUGCAAAAGCCGAACAAUGUAGUCCAUUGGCCACAUGUCACGAUAUGCAACGCGCGUUAGAAGAGGAUGAUUUAGAGGAUAUACAUGGUAGUAGUGGUGAUUCGUCGUCUAGUGAAUCUUCCGAUGCAUGUCUAAAGAAAUUAUCAACGAAAUCGCCACAUGAAGUAUCAAAAGAUGCGAAUGCACAACGUAAGCGUCGAAAACGUGUACGACGUACAGUUAUGGUACGUGUACCACCAGCUGAUAUGGAGACACAAGAAAAGCGUGCAAGAUUCAAAAAGUACAAUAUAUGGACAGCUGCAUUGCAAGAAGAAGCGUUAACUGAAGAAAUGCGAGGCUGUGAAGUUGCACGUUUAGAUGGUGCAAUCAACGAUCGAAACGUUGAGAAUUAUGACUUUUCCCUGCUUCAACGAUUAAAUGGGGAUAAUUGUCUUAAACGCCGACUCUCCAAUUCAACUGAUGAUUUCUCUGAUAAUGAAUUAAUGCCGGUGGCAAAACGGGGACGCUGUGCAAGUGAAGCUGCUGCACAUCGACGUUCGGUAAAAAGUCGUUUAGGCUAUCGUACAGGUACACUACGAGGAAGGCGUGGCUCAUCACCCACUAGCGACUCGGAUACAUUAUAUGAACCACGAAUUAUACUUGACUUGGAGCCCUUGGAAGGACGUGAUCCAGCCGAUGUUGCACGCGAAAUGUCAAACAAGUUGCAGGAAGAAAAAGAUGAAUUAUUGGUACGCAUUGUUGAUGUGUUGGGCACGAAGUUGCCAGUAGAAAUUUAUAAGGAAACACAACUUAUUGAAUUCAAUGGCGGCAUGAUGAUAAUGAAUGGCAAACGUCGUCGUACACCAGGCGGUGUAUUCCUAUAUCUACUGAAAAAUCAUAAAAGUCUUACAUUAGAAGAACAUAAGUCCAUUUUUUCUGAAGAUCGACAGCGUACUAAUAAAUGGCGCAAAGAGAUGGAAUCCUUAUCACGUGAUCGCAAGGUCGAAGAGUUGAAAAAGCGUUUAAGCGAAAAAGAGAAAGACUUGCCGGCACUUAGCACCCGAAAAGAACACUUCUUGCUUGGCUCAGAUUUAGAAACCCAGCCCGGAAAUAUUUCGAAUCCACCCCCUUCACCAGUUGGCAAUGAACAAAGUCCAGACUAUAAAGCCCAUGCCAUCAAUCAUGUUCCAUCGGAUGCUGAUAAUGAUGUCUCACAGGAUAAGCCAUCAACUUCAGCAUCGGCAUUAGCGGCCUUAACAUCUCCAUCAAAAGAUUUAGUCAGUUAUGAGGAUGAUUUCCUCGAUGUUAAUUGUGGUGAUAUGGAUUUAUUUUAAACAAAAAAGUGACUUUAACCUAAAGUAUUGCAUAAAGAAAUGUAGAGUAAAGCAUGAAGUUAGAAAAAAAAAUUAACUACAAUAACAAAAGCAACGCAAAUAUAGUAUAUACAUUUAACACUUUUCUACUACAUACGAACUAAAUAUGCAUUAAGUAUACAUUAAAAUUUAUAUCGAAAAUUGAAGAUUGCUGAAAAAGCUUUGCAUCAUUUUAUGUUUGUAAAAGAGGAGGGUUUUUUUUGCAAAUCGGUAGAAAAC